UGUUGGUAACAGUGAAGUGUCAUUUUUAAGAAAAACGAAUAAAAGUUUGAAAUUUACAGACUUUGUAAAAACCGAUUUUAAUUCGUAAAUUACACUAAAAAUACAAAUUGUUGCGUUAAUGAUGGCUUCAAAUGUUGACGUCGAAAUAAUUUUACAGCAAUUCAGUCCAAAUGUAACCGCAUCAUCAUUAAAAGAAGCAGCCCGAAAGUACCUCGAUCAAAUGGUAGUUCGUCCCAAUAGCGUAAUUAACAUCGACAACGAAACGAUAUCCGCUCUCAGCCACGUUAAAAUGAUCAUCGUAGGAGAGAUUCCCAAUUAUAACAAAUCAUUUGUGGACUUUAACGAACUGCACGUUAACUGGUUUAUAUACAGAUUUGACACUGACGGUCCUUUACAACAAAAUGAAGACGUCGGUGAUCAAGAAGUGAUCAUGUUCACACAACUAACAUUACCAUCACUGUGCUUGAUCAACUUAUGGGAGAAUUUGUACUACGAUAACAACAUAAAACAGAACUUGUUGAAGUACGCCCAAACGAUAAUGGAAUUCUCUGAUAAGGGCGUAGACCCGAGCAUAAUCAGUUGCAACAGAGUGAUUUUACUGCACGGACCACCCGGAACCGGUAAAACUUCCCUUUCCAAAGCUUUAGCUCAGAAACUGACAAUCAGAAUGAGUGGACGAUACAGUUCUGGGAUUCUCAUCGAAAUUAACAGCCACAGUUUGUUUUCUAGAUGGUUUUCUGAGAGCGGUAAAUUGGUAAAUACAAUGUUUAACAAAAUAAACGAGUUUGUAGAGAACAAAAGCAUUCUAGUCUGCGUUCUAAUUGAUGAAGUGGAAUCCCUUGCACACGCUCGAACGAAAUGUUUAUCAGGAAGCGAACCAUCUGACUCUAUACGAGUGGUUAACGCACUUCUAACUCAAUUAGAUCAAAUCAGGAGGCAUUCGAACGUGCUGAUUUUCGCAACAUCCAACAUGACCGAAUCUAUAGAUUUAGCUUUCAUAGAUCGAGCGGAUAUUAAGCAAUAUUUAGGCAAUCCUUCAUUGCAAGCCAUAUACAAGGUAUAUCAUUCUUGUAUCAACGAACUAAUUAAGGCGAAGAUUAUAAAGGAUCAAAUCUUAGAGCCCAUAGAGCAUAUUAUAAGCGACAAUGAUAAGGCGCAUUCGAUGGAAACGGAGCAAUUGUUGGAGCUGUGCAAAAGGAGUUUAGGUCUGAGCGGACGGGCGCUCAGAAAGAUACCUUUCUUAGCUCACGCUUUGUUUACCGAUGGUUCUGAUAUAAGUUUGAGUAAAUUUCUAAUGGCUAUGGAUAAGGCUGUGGAUAAGGAAUUCACCGAAAGGAGUUACUUUAAUCAUGCUAACGAUGUGAAGAUCCGUUGAAGUUUUGUACAUAAUUUUAAUUGAUAUUAAUAAGUUUAAAGUGGUAUUUAAGAAUGUAUGUAUUAUUAUUUAAGUAAUAGGUAAAAAUGGAAUAAUU